AUGUGUGAAGAAGACGAAUUGAUGGAACCAGUGUGGGAUACUAGUGGCCCGGAUUGGGUAUCCGUGCUUUUGCGAAGGGCCAGGCUACUCGACAGAGAAGAGGCUCGCAACAAAGUUGCAAUCUCAACGCACAAACAUCCACAAUCUGCUCAAUAUUCGUCAAACGUCUCCCCUUCCCCUUCUUAUUCCCCAACUCAAUGA